AUGAUCGAGUCACUCAUCAGCAUCGCGUUCUGUGUGUCUACCGCUCUCACUGUGUUGAUCUUGUUGUUGCCAUCGCAAUAUGAACCAGAGCAUGCAAAGUCUCCAGCUGGGUCAAAAGACAGCCCAAAGCCCAAGACGUCUGUUCAAAUACUGGUUCUCGGUGACAUUGGCCGAAGCCCACGCAUGCAAUAUCAUGCAUUGAGCAUUGCGAAGCAGGGCGGGGAUGUGGUGAUCAUUGGUUAUAAAGAGUCUGACCCUCACCCCGAAAUAUCGUCUCAUCCCAAUAUAUCGAUUGUCCCACUCCGUCCACACCCAGCCUUCUUGCAGACCAGCAACAAGCUGCUCUUCACAAUCUACGGGCCUUUGAAAGUGUUGUUCCAAGUAGCUUGUCUAUGGAAGUGUCUCGCUUAUAGCACAAAAGCACCCAAGUGGCUUUUAGUCCAGAACCCACCCUCCAUCCCAACACUCGCAAUUGCCUCUCUUGUCUGUUUCCUAAGACAAUCAAAGCUGGUUAUUGACUGGCAUAACUUCGGAUAUUCUAUCCUAGCUUUGAAACUUGGGCAGCGUCAUCCAUUGGUAAAGCUAUCAGCAUGGUAUGAGCGAGUAUUCUGCAGAUCUGCCUCGGCGCAUUUUUGCGUCACAGAUGCUAUGAAAUCUGUCCUCGAGCAGGAAUUCGACGUAAAGGCGCCCAUUUUACCACUCCAUGAUCGCCCGGCCAACCACUUCAGCCCUAUCCUCGAUCCCACUGCCCGUACCGAUUUCCUUGAAACCCUCCCAGAAACUAGCACGGUUCGCUCGGCCUUGCUACAAGGGACUCUCCGAGUGCUUGUCAGCUCAACUUCAUGGACUGCAGAUGAGGACUUCUCAGUUCUCAUUGAUGCUCUUGUUCGAUACUCUGAAUUGGCAACCACAACACACAACGAUCUUCCUGAAAUAUUGGCCAUAAUUACAGGAAAGGGCCCACAAAAAGAGAUGUACAUGGACCAAAUUGCUGCCCUUGAGAAGUCGGGCAAGCUCCAGAAGGUCACUGUCCGGACUGCGUGGCUGAGUGUUCAUGAUUAUGCUCGGCUCUUGGCUUCAUCGUCAUUAGGAGUUAGCCUGCAUACCAGCAGCAGCGGGGUAGAUCUACCAAUGAAAGUUGUAGACAUGUUUGGCGCGGGCCUUCCAGUUGUGGGGUGGGAUCGAUUCAGAGCGUGGCCCGAGUUGGUGACAGAGGGUGUCAAUGGAUUAGGGUUCGGAAGUUCGGUGCAGUUGGCCGAGCAUUUGCUGGAGCUGUUUGGGGAUAACGACAGGUUGGAAUGUCUCCGGCGAGGCGCUCAGAAAGAGAGCUGUCGGCGAUGGGAUGAUGAAUGGAACCCUAUUGCAGGCACUCUUUUUGAGUUGACAUAG